UGCCGAAUGGAGCAAGCAGAGUGCUCGUGUUAAGUGACACAAAAGCGAUGGGUGCGCGGGACAGGACCUCGCGUGUUACCUAUACAGCAAUGUCAUUCAGAAGUACAGCAUUUCGAGCGUCUAUUUUCUUUGGAUUAGCUACAGUCGUUGCUGCCAUACUUUGGUUCACACCGCCUCCACAUCCGGACUUCGCUUCCUGCGAAAGGCCGUGCAAAGAACUCGACUGGCCGAUGAUCUGUCGGAUUAAAUUGACACUUGAAGUCUACCAGACAUUCAGUAGGUCGUGCGGUAACUGUCCACACAAUGCUUCCGAUUGCUUCAGGAAGUUCUGUGUCACGGCUGAUGGAUUCCAGAGAGGGCUACUCACAGCCAACCGACAGAUGCCAGGGCCAGUCAUACAGGUUUGUGAGAACGACAUAUUGUUGGUGGAUGUCGUCAAUCGGGUGCCGGGACAGGGGUUUGGAAUCCAUUGGCGGGGCCAGCCGCAGAAGGAGACUCCGGUGAUGGAUGGCGUGCCCAUGGUGACACAGUGUCCCAUCCCGAGUUCAACUACAUUCCAAUACAAGUUUCGUGCCUCGCGAGCUGGAACACACUUGUGGCACGCUCAAACAGGAGUUCAGCUUACGGAUGGGAUAUUCGGCGCCCUGAUUGUCCGACAGUCAGCAGGACGAGAUCCUCACUUCAAGGAGUACGAUGUUGAUGACCCGAAUCACGUGAUCGUGAUCAAUGAAUGGAGCCAUGGGUUCGCGAUCCAGCGGCUCCUGGAGUCCAACCCUGGCACUAGCUCUGCAUCUCUUCUGAUCAAUGGUCGCUCCCAAGCAAAGCAGCUAGACGGAUCGGAACACUUGGAUGCACCGCUGUCCACUUUCACCGUGUCUCCAGGCAACAGGUACAGGUUUCGUGUGGCAUACGCUGGGGGCGACAGAGCUUGCCCUGUCACUGUGAGUGUUGCCAGCCACACGUUACGCGUCAUCUCGCUGGAUGGCAACCCCAUAACCCCGCGAGAGAUCACAUCCGUUGUUAUGGCGGCAGGCGAAAGAACGGACUUUGUGCUGACCGCUGACCAGCCCGUCUCAAAUUACUGGCUUCAUGUCAGCGCUGCUGAAGAUUGUGACUCUUCGACCGUUAGGGGGGCAGCCAUACUUCGAUACGAGGGGGCUCCUGAAGGCUCUGAGCCAAUUUCUCCGACAGAAUCAAGCCUUGAACUGGGAUCAGGCAGUUCGACACUUCUCAAUACCGUUACCGGCAAAUGCACCACGCCAGAGGAGAAAGGAGGCAUUGUGUGUCUUCCAGAUAUAAAAUCCCUUCACAAGAUGCGGCACGAAUUGAUGGAAAAGAAAGUGGAUAUCACCCUGUACCUGGCGUUUGGUUUCAAACAAUUCUCUGGAGAGAACCCUGCUAGUUAUCCGCGCCAAGGAGUCAGCAGGGUGGCCCAUGUGUUCGUCCCUCAGCUCAACAACUUCACCUUCAUCUUUCCAUCGUCACCCCUGCUGACCCAGGCAGAGGACGUGGAUCAUGAUCUCAUGUGUCGGAAAGAGACACUGCCGCUCCGAUGCCAGAGCCAACCGAUUUGCGAUUGCGUACAUGUCAUCGACCUGCCACUGAGAGGCACAGUCGAGCUCAUCCUUGUGGACCAAGGUGGGGGUGGGAGCGAUGCCAGCCACGUGUUGCAUCUGCAUGGGUACAGUUUCUACGUGGUAGGUGUCGCGCAGUUGGAGGGACCCACCGAUCUGCCACGUAUACAGCAGCUUGACAGUGAGGGCUCGCUUGUAACCAGAAAUCUAGUCAACCCCGUACUUAAGGACACAGUUACUGUGCCCCACAAGGGGGUAUCUGUCCUUCGCUUCAAGGCAGACAAUCCAGGAUAUUGGCUGCUACACGAUCAGCACGUCUCGAACUGGGAAAAUGGAUUCGACGUUAUAUUUCACGUGGGAGGACCCAACGAUGUGCCGACACCCCCAAAAGAUUUCCCGCGCUGUGGAAGUUGGGUGGGACCUGAAUUCUUUCUCAUAUGAAGAGUGUGAUGUAUAGAGAUUCGAAUGAACGACACUGAGUCAUCUGUUGUUGCCACUUAGAACUAGGAUCGGGGUACACGUAAAGCCGAGGCCUGAAUUGUAUUCUGAAACGUAAUUCGUAGUUCUGAAAUUUCAGUUCAGAUUUUCACUCCUUCUGAGUGAUCAGAAAUAAGGCCAUCUGCUUUUCCUCGCUCAAUUCGGUACGUCCAGUUAUGUACAUACAUUCAGAAAACAUUUUAAUAAAAUAGCAAUACACUGAUACUCUGUAUACCUAUAUAGAGAAUUUCAAAAUGUCUGUGGCAGUCAUUGAUUCAUUGCAUUAUAGAUGUACUCGAUAUCGCUGUAAAUGGGCGAAUUUUGGGUCUAGUCCAGCCAGCGAAUACUUAGAACACGAAACAGAUACUCCUAAGUUGUGCACUCACAAACGUAAGUGUGAUGUCUCGGACAUUCACCGCAGAAAACCACACAUCAGGUGCUUACCCCGGGGAACCAGCGAGAUCAUCUUCCAGCAGGAUGCGAUCUUGUGAGGCAGCCACUGAAUGUCCCUUUUCCCAGUUAACGGACUCUUGGAGGAGGGCAGACUUCAUGGCUUCCUUGUUCGUCCUAUCUCAAUGAAAUUUAUCAUUUUCGGGUGAUGUCAAAAGUAACGUCGCUCUAGCAAAUAAAAGGAAAAGUUUCCAUAGCUAUAGUUACCCUAGAAGGGUUGAAUGAGGUCAUUGGAUUUUUCCAUUGACCUAAUCAUUCCAGCCGCAUUAUGGCCCUGGGGUCGACUCAGCCUCUAA